AUGGUCUCCUACAAACAGAUUCUCUUUCAGCUGGUCGAAAACCAAAGGGCACACUUCAAAACGGGUGCCACCAGAAGUGUAGAAGCGCGCCGUAAAGCGCUACUGAAGCUGAAGGAAAUGGUGGAGAAAAACAGCGAAGAAAUCGGAGCAGCAAUCCAAAAGGAUCUUGGAAGGGUGAGCAGUCGCCAUUCAUUUCACCACGGUACCCAUCUUCCAAUGCCCCGUUUCAGGAUCCAGUCCAAGAAAUCGCUAACGCUAUACGUCACGUGCAGGAGCUUGAUCAGCCAUGUGGAGGAAUGGAGUGCUCCAAAAAUCGUGGCUAAGCCACAAAUGUUCAACAAUGACAGCGAUGAAGUGAUGUUGAUGACGGAACCGUUGGGAGUUGCGUUGGUCAUUUCACCAUGGAACUUCCCACUCGUAGACGUCAAUGCCAGUCGCGCUGGCUAUUGCUGGAGUGCCGUUUUCAGUCGACUCUCAACAUUGCUCAAAAACACCAAAGGCAAAAUCGUCUACAAGCCCAAGGAAGAACCCUGCAGAGCUGAGUGCUUCCUUCCUCCACAUGUUAUCGAAAUUGAGAAGGACGACGCUCUCAUGCAGGAAGAGAUAUUUGGACCUCUUCUACCAAUCGUGACGGUGAAAUCGUUCGAUGAAGCAAUUGAAUGGGUCAGGGACAACGAGAAACCCCUCGGCGCCUAUCUGUUCACGGAAAACCCCGACAAGGUGAAACGCUUCCUUCUGGAGACGUCCAGCGGUGGUGUGACAGUGAGCACUCUCCCAGUCGGUGGUGUCGGUAACAGCGGUAUGGGUCGACUGAAUGGCAAAUAUGGAUUUGAUAAUUUCGUCCAUGAGAAGCCGAUUCUCGUGAGGAAAGGCCUUGGCAAAGAAGUCGUCGCGAGGCUGUGA